AUGUCCUCGCCUAACGGACGAGCUUCGAACGAAGAACAGGAUGCUGCAGAGUUGAAAAAGGCCAUUGCGACUGGCGCCGUCAACCCAGAUGCGCACGUCUCCCCAGUUCCGCCAAUCGUAUGUUACUGCCUUGCCUCGAUCCUUAUGACAGUUGUGAACAAGUUUGUCGUCUCUGGAGCGCACUUUACGAUGAACUUCCUGCUACUAUGUAUACAAUCGACCGUAUGCAUCGGUUGUGUAACUGCGGUGAAAAAGAUGGGAAUUAUAUCAUUCCGAGACUUUGAUAAGAAGGACGCCAAGACGUGGUUCCCUAUCAGCUUCCUCCUCGUGAGCGUGAUAUAUACUGGGUCGAAGAGUCUACAAUUUCUUAGCAUACCGGUGUAUACCAUUUUCAAGAAUUUGACUAUAAUUCUGAUUGCAUAUGGAGAAGUCAUAUGGUUUGGAGGCAGGAUCACAGGGUUAACAUUCGUCUCGUUUAUCUUUAUGGUCCUCUCCUCGAUCAUUGCAGCAUGGUCUGAUGUUUCCGCAACUCUGGGCGAUUCCGUACCCAUUACAAGCAUAGGCCUGAGCUUGGAAUCACUCAAGGCGCUGCCUGGCGUUGUCUCGCGAUUAAAUAUCGGAUAUCUGUGGAUGCUCAUCAAUUGCGCUACAAGUGCGGCCUAUGUCCUGGCAAUGCGUAAAAGGAUCAAGCUUACGGGCUUUUCGGAUUGGGACUCCAUGUUCUACAAUAAUCUUCUGUCCAUCCCCGUGCUCAUUGUUUUCUCUUUUCUUGUGGAAGAUUGGAGCGUUGCAAGCCUCGCCAGAAAUUUCCCCCAGGAAACUCGGAACUUCUUGCUCUUCGCGAUCGCGUUUUCGGGAGCCGCUGCUGUUGGUAUUUCGUACACGACGGCGUGGUGUGUACGAGUCACCAGCAGCACAACAUAUAGCAUGGUGGGUGCCUUGAAUAAACUACCUGUCGCUGCAUCAGGGAUGCUGUUCUUUGGCGAUCCGGCAACAUUUGGAUCAGUGUCAGCCAUUGGCGUUGGCUUCUUUGCCGGCCUGCUUUACGCCAUAGCUAAGAAUAAUCAGAAGAAAGCAGAGAGUCGUGUCGAACCCCUCAUACCAUUGACCAAACGAUGA